CUCGUACGUGACAGUAGCCUGCAGUAGCCUUUAGGGUCAAGUUUACCAGAGGAAACGAUGAUUUCAAAUAUGGUCCGGAAAAAGAAUCCACCAUUGAGAAAUCUCGUGAGCCAAGGGGAAGGUGAGGAUUGCCAGACCCGUCAGCCAGAGAGUGCCGUCAAUCAGGAGGCUGCUGUAAACUCAGGACCCCCGGACCCCAUGCAGGAACAUAACAACCAACAAGAUGCACUAGAGUCUGUCAACAAGGAGGGACAUUGUCUGCGUGUCGCAGACGUAGCCGGCAUCAAAAGCGACUUGAAAAGCCCCGCACUAGGCGAAGGGAAUGGCUUCAAUUAUAAAAGCCACAAGAAGGGAGGAAAUGUUCCAUCCUUCCCGCAAGAUGAGGUGACAGACAGAAAUAUGUCUGCUCUCUCAUCUCAGGCUGCUAGUGGAGUCUGCGAGGCCUGCAAGUCUCCGAGCAGAUCAGAACCAGAUGAUGGCGAUGGCAGGAGCUGCAAUGUAUCUGGGAACCUCUCUGAAUUAAACCACACAGCUCAAACGUCCCCCAAAAGUGGGCGUGAGAAGGUCCAAGUGCUGCAGUGUGACCCACCUGACCAUCACACUUUAACCCCGGGCGCGACGCCCUCAGAAAACUCUCAGGUGCUUUCAGAUGGGGCCGUUGCACUUGAUAAAUCAAAAGCAGAACAGUUGACUGACAACCCAGACGCGGCGCCCCUGACUCCAGAACUGCAAGACUUCAAAUGCAACAUUUGUGGUUAUGGCUAUUAUGGGAACGACCCGACCGAUUUGAUCAAGCAUUUUCGUAAAUACCACCUAGGCCUGCACAACCGCACCCGCCAAGAUGCAGACCUGGACACCAAAAUCCUGGCGUUACAUAACAUGGUGCAGUUCUCUCAGUCCAAAGACUUUCAGAAACUGAGCCGAAGCACUGGCUUGCUAACGGGGAUGUUACAGGAUCUGAACGCACAGCGACCCGCUUUGUUAAAUGGGACCUACGAUAUACAUGUUACACUGGGAGGAAUGUUCAUUGGCAUAGGGCGCAAAACCCCCGACUGCCAAGGCAACACCAAGUAUUUCCGAUGCAAGUUCUGCAACUUUACCUACAUGGGCAGUUCCUCGAGUGAACUGGAACAGCACUUCGUCUCAGCGCAUCCCAACAAGAUGAAAAGCGUGCCUUCCGCUCUGGAGUCGGGGAAGGACCCUAAUAAGUCGGAGAAAAACGCCAGCAAAGGCAGUCCCACCGCAGAGCGGCACUUACCUCGCCCAUCAGACCCAGAAGAUAUAGGGAAAUGGCAGGACAAGUCCACCAUCAAGGCAGCAGAUGACACCCCUAUCGGUUACUCUGUUCCCAUCAAAUCCACGGACACCUCCAAACAGAAUGGGCUGGACUCCACCUGUUACUUCUGGUGUCGGUUCUGCAGCUUUAGCUGUGAGUCCUCGGACACCUUAAAACUUACGGAUCAUUACAAUAAACAGCACCGAGAGAACCAGCGCAACAGCUACUUUCAUAGAGACUUCCCGGACAAGAUUGGCAAACAAGUGGCCGCACUUAAUCAGAACGACUCUUCGAAAGAGCGCCGGCUUCCUGCGGCUAAUAAAUCCGACGGGGAGUUCUCGGUGAAAGCGGAGAAAGGCAACGCCUCGGCCAAAAAGAAAGACGCCACCAAAUCCGCGGAGGAGAGCAUGGUCACCAGCUACAACUGUCAGCUGUGCAGAUUCAGGUACUCGACCAGCCACGGGCCUGAUGUGAUCACUGUCGGACCCCUGCUGCGCCAUUAUCAUUACAUCCACAAUGUUCACAAGUGUACCAUUAAGCACUGCCAGUACUGCCCGGGUGGGCUCUGCGGCCCCGAGAAACACCUGGGGGAAAUCACUUACCCCUUCGCUUGCCGGAAAACUAACUGCUCGCACUGCACCCUCUUGCUCCUGCACUUGUCCCAGGGGGCAGGCGGGAGUGCUAGGGUUAAACACCAGUGCGACCAGUGUUCCUUCACUGUCCAGGAUGUCGACGUGCUCCUGCAGCACUAUGAGACCAUGCACGGCUCGCAUAACCCGGGCAAGGCCGAGGAUGGGCAACAAGGAGGUGACGGGCAAGUGACCAGCGAAGAAGCCGAGGAGCAUUGUUGCACCAAGUGCAGCUUCGUCACACAGGUCGAGGAAGAGAUUUUCCGACACUACAGGAGGGCUCAUAACUGCUACAAGUGCCGUCAGUGCAAGUGGAGCGCCCCGGAUACUCAGGCAUUACUGGAGCACUUCAACACGGCCCAUUGCGGGGCCCAGGAGCCGGUAGGCAGUGGGAGCCCCAGCGGCGGCGAGUCGCCACCCACCCCCGGCACCAGCAACCACAACCCGGGGAACGGCGAGCAGGAGGUUCGGCACCGCACCCCCACCCCGUCCGACAGCAGCGGCAGCCAACCCCCGCCUCCGGCCGAACCCCGGCCCGAGGACAAGGAGGGGCGAGGCUGGCUGGAGACCUGCAAGGAAGAAGCGAGGAAGCUGGGGGAGCUGCCGAAGGGGAGCCCGUACCAGGGUCAACCGGGCCCCGCCAGCAGCAGUCAGGAGAACCACAAGAGUAGCCGCAGGGUCGCCGAGGAAGCGGACGGGGCCCUGCCUGUCUAUGGGAUGCAGCCCACCGACAGCAAGGGCUUCGCGGGCGGGGUGCAGCAGCAGCUGCCGGGGGCAGGAGAGCGGGACAAGUCCCGGGCUCUGACUCCUCAGUACCCAACAAACAGCGAGCUGAACAAGGCGAGGGAGGAGUCGCAGACCCUACUGCGGAGACGAAGAGGCUCGGGAGUCUUCUGUGCCAACUGCCUAACUACAAAGACCUCUCUCUGGCGAAAGAAUGCAAAUGGUGGAUAUGUAUGCAAUGCAUGCGGCCUGUAUCAGAAACUGCAUUCGACUCCGAGGCCCUUAAAUAUUAUAAAGCAAAGUAACGGCGAGCAGAUCAUUCGAAGGCGGACCAGAAAGCGACUUAACCCUGAAGUACUGCAGACUGAGCAGGUCAACAAACAGCAGAGAGUGAGCAAUGAAGAGCAACUAAAUGACAGCUCACUGGACCGGAAGGUGGAGGAGCACCCUUCAGAGGGUCAGCACCGGGAGCAGCAGCAGUCUAACCUGAGCAAACUUGACCUCUAUGGUUCUGUGAGUAAGCCACAUCAGGGCCAACCUACACUGGUGGUUGGUCAGACAGUAGAUCUUCACAGAAGAAUGCAGCCUCUUCACAUUCAAGUAAAGAGCCCUCAGGAAAGCAGUGUUGACCCAGGAAAUUGUUUGCCUGUAUCAGAAGGGAAAGGAAGUUCAGAACGUGGGAGUCCGAUUGAAAAAUACCUUAGACCUACCAAGCACCCAAAUUAUUCGCCUCCAGGAAGCCCUAUUGAAAAGUACCAGUAUCCCUUAUUUGGAUUUCAGUUUGUGCAUAGUGAUUUACAAAAUGAAGCUGAUUGGCUGAGGUUCUGGAGUAAGUAUAAAUUGUCAGUCGCUGGGAAUCAACACUACCAUAUGCCUGGCCUAUCAAAUCCUUGCCAAAACUUUGUGCCUUAUCCUGCCUUUAACCUGCCUCCAACUUUCUCAUCACUUGGAUCUGAUAAUGACAUUCCUUUAGAUCUGGCAACAAAGCAUUCCAGAUCAGGACCAACUGCAAAUGGUGCCACCAAGGACAAAGUUAAUGCAUCGGUGACCACGGUGGAGGAGAGUGUAGAAAAUGUGGUAAAAACUCCGGACAAAGUUGACCGAGGCACUCAAGAUGAAUCACUGACGAAGUGCGUUCAUUGCAGCAUUCUCUUUAUGGAUGAAGUGAUGUAUGCUUUGCAUAUGAGUUGCCACGGUGAGAGUGGACCUUUCCAGUGCAGCCUAUGCCAGCAUUUCUGUACAGACAAGUAUGACUUCAUGACGCACAUUCAGAGGGGCCUGCAUAGAAAUGUGCAAUCUGAUAAAAAGUUGCAAACCUAAGGAAUAGAACUUUUAGUACUGUAACACAAUGAGUACAUGUUGCAUUUUAGAAUUUGGGAGAACAAUCAGAAUAUUAUUUUUCUAAAAAAGAGUAAAUGUUAAACAUUUGAAAAUGAUGGUGCCUGACACAUUGUAUAAUUUUUUUCUAUAAAGUAUGCAACAAAUAUUGCAUUAUGCUUUAGAGUCAGAAUACUGAUUCUUUUCUAGCUGUUUACAUGUGCAAAUGUAGCAAAUUAAGUAAUGAAGCACCUAUUUCAAUUUCAUUAGAAUUUUUUUCUUUCACAUAGUAGCCCCGAAUACCAUCAUGAAAUAAAUAUGGUUGUUGCAAAUGCAAUGUAUGGAUGAAAAGUAGAUGAACGUAUUUUCAUUGCUUAAAUAGGGGGAAAAAAGAGGGUAGCACUAUGCAUUCCACUUAAUGAAUAUUAAUGUACUUUGUGUUAUCUAUCAAAGCUCUUAAUUCAUAUUGUUAAGCUUGAAAAGACUAUAUGCACAUUUGUUAAUUGCUUCUCAAUAUUAUGUUUCAAGUGAAACAGUUUGGAAGUUGAUGGUUCUUAUCAAAUGAUGUUGGAUUCGCUAUCUUCUGUUGGCUUUGUUUAUUUUCCAUAGCAUCAUACAUCAGUCUUAUAAUGAAAUAGUCUUGUUUCAGUGCAGAGGCAGUGUUUCCAAGGGCUUAAAAACAUUGACUAAUUUUAGAAAUCUGGAAAUAGAUCAUAGCUUUCACAAUUUUCUUUUGCUUUUCAAAUCUGACGAUAUUAUUCAAUGAUGCAUCCCAGUAAAAUGAUCCAAAUCUGAAGGAAGCAAAAGGAACCAUUGCCUCUGACUUGAAAGCAACUGGGACUUGUUCCCAACUUUCAUCAUGCAUGUAAUUUUGUGAUGUUUAUUUUUUUUUAAUCACACCUACACGUUCUUUCUGUAUCUUCCAUGAAAGCUAUUUCAGACAGAAAUGAGGUCAUUUACAUCUAAACUUGAAUAAUAAAGUUUUACCAAAAGUAUUAAGUGAAGUUUUCUGAUACAGUGACAAUCUAUUUUUCGGGCCCUUUUUUGUUAUGUAUAUGAAUUUGGACACACCAUAUUUGUAUUGGAUUCUGUCAAUAGACAGUGAACUCGUAUGUACAGAAACUUAAGUGUGCGCACAAUUAUUUAGAAAAAAUGGGAAUGUAUUUUAGUGAUUAUAACUCUCUCAGACUGAAAUGUGUGUGUAAAUAGAUAAGCUUUUGAUGUUCAGACCCCAAGCUGCAAUAAACACCCAGUUUCUCGGUGCUAC